AAAAUGCAUAAAGCAAUUAUUUAAUUUUUUCUUAAUAAAUACUGUAGAUAGUUAUUUUUUUGGAGCAAAUUCAAACAAAAAUGAAGCGAUUUUUCUGUAUUUUGAGUACUUAUAAAUUCUUAUAAUUUUUGCUUAUUAUUUUGGUAUUUACAUUGUUAUUAACUUCAUCAUUUAUUUAUGAAAAAAGUAAGUUGGAUCAAAUUAUGAAAAAUGCUUAUUAUGAGAGAGAAUUAAUCUGAUUUUUUUCAUGCAUUGUAAGUUUAAUUACUAUGUAGAUCGCUGAUUAGGAGCUAGCUUGGAGCUUAUUGUUAGAGUUGUAUAUAGGUAGCAGUUUUAUUGUUAUCGCGUCUAUGCUCGUGCUAACCACCUGUAGCCUGUAGCCUUUAUUCCAGUACCCAUUAUUCCUGUAUCCUGUAGCCUGUAGAAUGAGAGAGGGGAUUUCUCAACAUGACUGAGCAUAAUACUUGCCGGUUCAGUAUGUACUUAUGGGCGCUUGGAAAUGCGAUAAUUCCAAUUAUAUUUGUUGUCUGAUAAUUGAAAGUCUGAUAAUCGAAAUCCCAUGUAAAUCUGAUUAAAAGAUUUUGGUGGAAUCAAUUAUUUUUGCAAAAACAGUUUUUUUACUGUUAUGAGUUAAAAUGUGAUAUGGUAUUUUUUCUCUAUAUAUUAAUGAAGAUUCAUCAAUAUACACCAAAAAAUUGAAAUUUUAUUAAACGAAAAAAAUAGAAUAGAAUAAAAAAUUAAGACUGUAUGAUACUGCAACUCCUGCAAUAGAGAAGGACAAUUCGACAAAGAAAAAGAAGAUAAGAUAUAAAAUAUUUAUUCAAUAUUCCCUUCACUCCAUGACAUAACUUUUGGCAAUUCAACAUUUUUUUUCAUAUGAGUGGGAAUAUCAUUCAAGGUCUGUGAUGGUCAAUGACCAUUCCCGAUUCUCACCAUUGAUUAAAUGAACAGAUUGUUUUUCAUCGCGAGCAAUCUCUCGUGUUUUUCUCAAACGAUUUAUAUUUACGAUUUAUGUCUGCAAGCCAAUUCACAUAGCAUCAUCUAGCAAUCAUGGAUCAAUCUGAGAAAAAAACCAAGAACUUUGAAAUCAUCGUGAAAAAUCUUAUAGCCGGCGGUGUAGCUGGUAUGUGCUCAAAAACAGCUGUAGCACCUUUAGACAGAAUAAAAAUUUUAUUGCAAGCACAGCACGAAUAUUAUAAACAUUUAGGUGUUUUCUCAGGAUUAAAGGAAAUUAUUCAACGUGAAAAUUUCCUUGCUUUAUAUAAAGGUAAUCUCGUUCAAAUGAUUAGGGCUGUGCCUUAUGCAGCAAUACAAUUUACAGCAUUUGAACAAUAUAAAAAGCGUUUAGGAAAAUUAUUCAAACAAGGUUCACAUAUAGAUGGGUUCUUAGCUGGAGCUGCCGGAGGUGUCACAGCAGCUGCAAUUACAUAUCCACUUGAUACUAUCAGAGCAAGAUUAGCCUUUCAAGUUACCAGCAAUACACUUUAUUCUGGAAUUAAACAUGCUGCUGUUAAAAUGUUUAAAGAGGAAGGUGGCUUACGAGCAUUAUAUAGAGGAUUCUGGCCAAAUAUGUUGGGCAUGAUACCCUACGCAGGAUUUUCCUUCUAUACGUUUGAGAAAUUAAAAUAUCUAUGCUUGAAAUAUGCGCCACAGUAUCUUUGUUCUGAACAUAAAACAACUGAUAGUCUUAUAUUAAAUAUACCAGCAAAACUUUUAUGUGGAGGCGCAGCCGGUGCUGUAGCGCAUACUUUCUCUUAUCCAUUGGAUGUUACAAAGAGACGUAUGCAAUUGGCAAUGAUGAAUCCAACUACACAUAAAUAUGCGUCUGGAAUGUUGUCUACAAUUAAAAUGAUAUAUGUUGAGGAUGGCAUUGUAAAAGGCUUAUAUCGUGGAAUGAGUAUCAAUUUUUUACGGGCAAUUCCUUUCAUGGCAGUUGGUUUUGCUGUGUAUGAAGUAACAAAGCAGAUGUUAAGCUUAGAUACAGGAGUAAAAUUAUAAUUAUAUACAUAAUAUUACAUAAAUUAGAUGGCUAGAGUUUUUAUAUACUCAUUGUAUAUUUAUAUGUAUAUUCGUAUGGAUAUUUUUUUUUUUUUUUUUUUAAUCAGUUGGCUGAUUAAAAGUACAGAUUAUGAAACAAAUAAACUAACAUAUACGUAUUUAUUUACAUAAAUCAAAUUUGCUUUUGUUAAAAAAAAAUCAUUUUGAUACUAAAAAAAUUUUCAUAUUACAUUAUUUUUACAAAAAUGUUCAAUCUAUUAUGAAAGGCUGAAUUGUGAAUAUCACAUAAUACAAGUUAGUAUUCUAAUCAAAUAUUUUACUUUUUAAUUGAUACAUUUUAUAUGUACCUGCAGUUAAGCAACUUGCUCAUUAUAUUUACAAUAUGAUAAAUAUAUUUUGUAGAAAUAGAUGUAUUUAAAUACAUAACAAUCUAUAUUGAAAAUCAAAAUUGAAGAACCUAAUCAAAUUAUGUAACUUAUUACACUUCAACAUGUAAUUAUUAUUUACAUAGAUAAAAUUAUAUACCUAAUGUGAGAAAUAAAAAUAUAUAUUUUUAUAUGUUUUAUGUUUUAUCUCAAAAUGUAUCUAUACAUGUAAUAGAAAUAUAUUUUAUUUUGAUACAUAUUACUUUUUUUUUCAUUAUUAAUAGAUACAAAUAUUAGAUAAACUAAUAAGAAAA